AUGGCCAAGUUUGAGACAACGAAGUCCAACUCGGACUACCCAGUCCCUAGGGAUGACGAAGAAAGCCUGACCCUUCACAAAGACUGGAGUCCAGAAGAAGAGAGAAAGGCCAAGAGAAAAUUAGAUCUGGUCAUCAUGCCUCUUUUGACCCUGGGCUUCUUCUGUCUUCAACUCGACAGAGGCAAUAUCGCCAACGCUCUCACCGACAAUUUCUUCGAAGAUGUCGGCAUAACCCAAAACCAGUUCAACGUCGGUCAACAGAUGCUCUCCCUUGGCAUCGUGCUGUUCGAGAUACCUUCCAAUAUGAUCCUUUACCGUGUAGGCCCUGGCAAAUGGCUUACUCUUCAGCUGUUCCUCUUCGGCACGGUCAGCACAUUUCAGGCUUUUCAAAACAACUACGCCUCCUUCGUAGUCACCCGCUUCUUAUUGGGAUGUACAGAGUCAGGUUUUAUUCCAGGAGGAUUAUGGACAUUAUCAACUUGGUAUACGCGAAAGGAGACGGCCAAGAGAGUCAUGUUCUUCUACUUUGGCAACCAAUUUGGCCAGGCUAGUAGCAAGUUGCUGGCGUACGGAAUUCUUCACAUGCGAGGAGUAGGUGGGAAAAGCGGUUGGUUUUGGCUCUUUGCACUGAUGGGAGGCUUCACUGUUCUAUGUGGCGUUAUACUCGGCUGCUUCUUACCUGAUUCCUUCAGAAAUCCAAGAAGCACAUUUUUGCCUAAUGUCAAGAUCUUUAGCGACAGAGACCUGCACAUCCUACACACACGAGUCCUUCUUGACGAUCCUAUGAAGGGAAAGAAGAAGAAGAAGAUUGGUCUUCCUGCUUUCAAAAAAGCGUUCUCCAACUGGCGCCUUUGGUGUCACGCCGUCAUCACACUGUCUAACAACGCUCCUCAGCGUGGUUUUGACACAUACUCUCCUUCGAUUGUCAAGAGCUUUGGCUUCGUAGGUCUGACCAGCAAUGCUCUCGCCUCAGUUGGUCUAUUUCUCCAGAUUCCUGUCUCUUGGUGCUUCAGUUAUGUCUCGGAUAGAUUUAACAUGAGGCCCGAGACUGUCAUGGCUGGGUUGAGUCUCCAUCUUCUCGGCUACGUCUUCAACCGAAUUUUCACAGAGCUCUCUCUAAGAGGCGUCAGUUACUUCGGGGUGGUUUGGACCCAAACCUUUGGAACUUUUUCCCAUCCUCUCAACAUUGCAUGGAUGUCUUUAGCCUGUGAAGAUUCCGAAGAACGAGCUCUUGCUAUGGCUAUGGUCAUUAUGUUUGCCAACAUCGCAGGAAUUGCAGGCGCUCAAAUCUUUCGUUCCGACGAUGCACCCAAGUAUCGCCGUGGAUUUAGCAUCAACAUCGCUAUUCUUGCUGUUGGUCUUGCUCUCGCCGCCGUGCGCUAUGUCGAUGACAAAUUUUGGCGGCGUGAAAAGGUUGCUGAGAUUCAGCAGCAGCUUGCUCAGGAGAACGAGAGCACUGGUGAUGAGAAAAGUGAUGGACAAAGGGAGAUUAAUCCUACUCUUGGACUAGACAAAACUUCUCCUGCCGGUUUGAAUGCUGUUGCAAAGCCAAUCUAG